AUGCAGGCCGUAUCUGUGCAGCCGUUUCCAGUGGGUCAAGUGGUGUCAAUCACCCACGUGAACGUCAAUGAAUGGAGCUCGGGGAUCUGCGACUGUUGUCAGGACAUGGGCUUAUGUUGCUGUGCCUUCUGGUGUUUUCCAUGCUUCCAGUGUAAGACGGUCAGUGAUUUUGGCGAAUGUCUCUGCCUUCCUCUCCUGGACCCUGGAUGGUGUGCAUACACAGGCAGUAGUAUAGCCUGUCCUCCAGUCUCCAUGGCUAUGAGGGCUGCUGUCCGGGAACGAUACCGUGUUAAGGGCUCCAUCUGCAGUGACUGCUGUACGCUCUACUGGUGUUUAUGCUGCUCCUGGUGCCAGAUGGCUCGUGAGAUCAAGAAGCAAAAGCAGCCGGUCACCUUCAUGACAGCCCAGACCACAAUGACCUCGCCGAUGCAUCCUCAAAAUUACCAAGCCGUAUACUAAGUCCACCAGAUGCAUCUGCACCAUGAAGAUCACCUGAUUGUGAUCUUUGACUUUUCAAGGUGUAGAACAAGAGAAACAUCUAGAGUAGAGUAGACAUGUCCUACACAAUCCAACGAAUAGAUGUUCUGGUAGUGCAUGGGGUCAUCAUGAAGAGCAGCUUUAAGUCUGUCCUCUUAUGAAUUGAUCCCACCACAGAUACCAUUCAUGAGCCAGAGAUCUGGACUUCCACUCCUUCCAGCUGUCAGUCAUCACCAUCUUGUGAGGUGCUGCUUA